AUGGCACAUAUAAAGCCAGAAGAUGGUGACAAUUCCAUCUGGCAAGGCUAUAGUCUACAUCCUCCCCAUCCGACAUCAUCACAAGGCCCUGCAUACGAUUCGGCUUAUCACUCCCCUGCGAUGACAAUUCCAUACCAUGGUCGACCUCAGAAAAGCAACUAUCGAUCCCUGGAUAUACCAUUCAGCCACGCACGACCAGCUUUACGGAAUGGAAACGGGAUACUGACAGCUUCACCUCCAUCCUUGAAUACGCAUCAUAGCUAUCCAUCACUCAAGAGAGCCUUCCACGAUGAUUCGCCAUAUGGAGACCACAUCCAGAGCUAUAGGGACGACUUGCAAGAUAUCCCAAAGCCGAGUAUCAACCAAGAUCACAGACUCCUCUCUUUUGCCAGACUGCCUGAGAAGAACACCAUACUGGAUGGCCAGGGAAGAGUACAACGUAUUGACCUGGCAGCGCAAAUCCAUGGCAUGUUUUUCUUGUCUGAACUGGCGACGCCAGCAGGAGAGAACAUGAUGCAACCAGAGUUGACAUGUUAUCGACGGAAUCUUUUCCAAAUCUCUGGAAGUGUCACUGCAGCAAGAGGCGCAUUAUCUGUACUGACAGAUCGCGGCGAGAGAAUCCCCAUCGUUUCUAUGGAGGUGGUCAUCUCAGCAACAGAGUCGGUCGACGGCCAUAUCGUCAAGUUGAUUGUGAUCCCUUGGAAAACUCCACCUCCCAACUCUCCAGAAAUCCCAACCGGACAGGAACACGAACCAGCGCCGAUACCACUACUGCCAUUUGACGAAGGUCCCGAUGCGCAUAGUGAUUUCACAGUGUUUCCGAUUGCCUAUCGAAGGUUGCAGUUCCGAAUCGCUACUGCGAACAACGGACGAAGGAGAGAACUUCAGCAACACUUCACCUUGCAUCUGAAUGUUGUUGGGACGCUCGCGAAUGGGACGAAGAUGAAUGUGUGCGAGACAUCGACGUCGCCGAUUGUGGUGAGAGGAAGAAGUCCAAGGAAUUUUCAAGCAAGAAAAGAGAUUCCUCUUGUUGGGUCAUCAUCUUCUCGUGGACAACCACCGGAACUCCACGUUACUACGAAUGUAAUGCCUAGCCUUGCAGUUUUGGAGGGAAAGGCUAAAAUGAGCAAGCCGCAUGUUGUUGAGCUUCCUAGGUCGCAGUUCACCUUUGAUUCGAGCACCAUUUCUGGAUCCCCUUCAAUGGUUCGACAGUCAACUUACCAAUCUUGGAACACGGCACAUACUCCGGACCAUACUACGGCACCAAAUACACCCAGCUACCCUGCACCAUCUCUAAGUCUUGACUCCUACCUGCAAGUCAACAAUACCAGCAACCCAGCAUCAGAUCUCCACUCUUCCCACCCUCCAUCAACAACGAUGCCAGCGCCCCAACCCCCAAACCGCCAACACUACACCUACCACCCACCAUCUUCAGCACCAACCAGUGAGCCCCUCCGUUUCAUAGACAACAAUCCACGGCCUGCCAAAUCUCCACGGCAUGCCGCACCCGCUGAAGUUCCUCUGCCUCCACUGCCUUCAAAUGGCAAUUAUGAGUACGGAUCGCGGUAUAUGCCACCCUACAGCAGCAACAAUAACACCAACGAAGCUAUGCCAUCAAGAGCACCAGAUUACUUUCCACCGACUCAACAGCAGAUGCAAUCUUGGACCAGUGGACCGGAUACGAGUGUGGUUUAUGGGACUAGUCAAGCGCCUGGUGUGCAUCAUUAUGAGUUUCCCAGUGAGCAGUACAAAGAGGAAAGUGCGCCACAACAGCCGCAUUAUACUUGGAAUUCCGCCUGA